AUGAACCAAGAGCACGAACAAAAUGUGGUUUGGCCUCAGGACAUCCAACAAGAUGAUUCCUUGGUCGCCGGGGUUGGCAACGAUGACUUUACAAAGUUCCUCGACCUCGACAAUGACUUUCAACAUUUCUCCGCCAUGGACAAUGGGCAUUCCGGCCUUGAUACGCCGAUGGGCCGCCUGGGCUUUGGGAACAGUGCCGCCGACCUGACGUUCACCGAGUCGGAGCAGAUGCACAUGAAUAUGGCCAUGAGUACCACUGCGCUGGCCUAUCAGGACCCGGCAGCUGCAGACCAGACAUACGGGCAGUAUUCGGACUACCAACAGAUGCAGAUGGCAGGACACUAUCAUGUUCCCCCAACUCCCGUGAGCGCGGAGAUGCAAGCGGCGAAGUAUGCGCCUCACAUGGGUAAUAACGGGCAGUUACUCUUCGACCACCAGCAGAUGUCCUUCACUCCGCUGGUAUCUCCGGCGCAAACACCUUUGGACGGCGUCUUCUCCAUGGCCGAUUAUGGACUGGCCGAUGAUUUCUUCAGCCCUUUGACUUCGCCUGCUAUUGAGGCACAGGCUGCGUUUAGCUCCACUGGCACCACUGCUUCGCCAAUUGACCUUGGACCCGACGCCGGCGCAUUAUCUCAGCCGGCGAUUGCAGGGGCAAAGCGACCCCGUCGUAAGGGCAAUGGUACGGCUCGCACGCCUGCGCGAGGCGUCAGACAGUCCCCAGCGCUGAAAGCUCAGCCUCGUCGCAGGCAUCCGUCGUUAAGCUCACUGCGUCUAGACAAAAUGGGUAAUCUGCCGCCGCAUAACUCUCAGGAAGCGAGUCUGCAUGUCUCGGCCCCAAACAGUGCGGUCAUCCGUCCAAGUGAUGACUCGAUUUCGCCUGAAUCCUUAUCCGAAGUCGGCAUGGGACCUCCUCCUGUGCCUCUGUCUGGGAGUUCUCCCCAGCCCAGGAUGACUCCUCAGGACACUGCGACCAACAAUCCUGUCACGCCAGCUACGCUGAUGAGUAUGCCAAGCAAUCCAUCCAUGCCAGGGAACCAAGUGGAACAACAUGGAUCGGCUGAAGCUGUAAAUGAGCCUAUGGAGGAUAUCAUGUUACCCGAUGCGGCUGCUCCAGUGGGACCACCAGUUCUGACGGCGAUUGAUACCAUCAAGACGGGCGAAGACAGCGAGAGCACGCCGACGCUGUCGGCCAAGUCAGCGAAGUUAAGCGCCGCGAGCACACCCAGAGGUGCAGUGGCUAGGGGAAAUCUCGAGGAGACAUUUGCAAAACCGGGUAUACCGGAUUUCCGGGGAGGAAGCCGUGCCAAUAAGAAAAGACAGAGCACGUCGUCCGCGACAAUAUCUCCUGCUUUACGGCCUAAGAUCUCGCCCAGCAUCAACCCCCUGGCCCCAGCGACAGGUCCGACGCUAGCACAUCUAUCCCCAGAGACGAGCGCGUUAUACCUAGCCUCCAAGUCGAAUUACCAAAAUAUCCUCGAAGGCACACACCUGCCUGGCGUUUCUUAUCCGGAGACCUUGGCAGAGAACCUCACAUCGAAACGAACGUCGCACAAGCUUGCCGAACAAGGGCGGCGGAACAGGAUCAACGUUGCACUGAAGGAGAUCGAGGCGCUUCUGCCAUCGGCCAUUCUGGCUGGUCAAGCCAAGAAAGAUGGAGCAAACAGUCAGGAAAAUGAAGAGGGAGAAAGCAAGCCAACAGCGUCCGGCCCAGGAGCAAGCAAAGCCAGCACGGUGGAAAUGGCCAUUGUCUACAUCAAGAGUCUGCAGACUGAAUUGAAGGAAACCAAGAGCCAACUAGAGGUCGCGGAGAAGAAACUUGCCGAAGGAGGAGGAAGCAGUGGAGGAAGUCAGACGUCGGAUGGGUGA